AUGAACUGCUUCCCGUGUUGUGGCCCUCAAAAAAAUAAGCAAAGUAAUAGUAAGAGGGAGCAUGGUACUACAACACCGAUGGAAGUUACUUCUGCUGCGAAAACACCAGAUAUGAAGAAACAAAGGGGGGACGAGCAAAUGCAAGGAGACGCGACAAAUAUUAACGCGCAAAAUUUCACUUUUCGUGAGCUAGCGACAGCGACAAAGAAUUUCCGCCAGGAAUGUCUUCUUGGUGAAGGAGGCUUUGGAAGAGUCUAUAAAGGGGUUAUUCCUGCAACUGGACAGGCCGUGGCCGUGAAGCAACUCGACAGACAUGGGACAGAAAACAGCAAGGAUUUUCUGUCUGAGGUUGCUCUGCUGAGUCAUGUUCAUCAUGACAAUCUUGUCAAUCUCAUUGGUUAUUGUGCUGAUGGCGAACAACGGCUUCUGGUAUACGAAUACUAUCCGGCCUAUACUCUUGAAGAUCGUCUUCUUGGGAAUAAAACGGAUGAACCGCCGUUGAAUUGGUUUGAAAGAAUGAAGGUAGCAGCUGGUGCAUCUAAAGGACUAGAAUACUUGCAUGAUAAUGCCAAUCCGCCAGUUAUAUUCCGUGACUUGAAAGCAGUCAACGUCUUGUUGGGUACUGAAGCUGAUCUUAAUGCAAAACUAUAUGAUUUUGGAUUGGCCAAGCUUUGUGGUGGAGACAAGAUGAACAAUGCACCUCCAAGAGUUAUGGGUACAUAUGGUUAUUGUGCUCCUGAAUAUACAAGAACAGGUCAAGUUUCAUUGAAAUCAGAUGUAUACAGUUUUGGAGUUAUCUUGCUCGAACUUAUCACUGGUCGACGUGCCGUUGAUACCACAAAGCCUAACGAAGAGCAAAAUCUAGUUUCAUGGGCACAACCCUUAUUUAGGGACCCGAAAAAGUAUCCAGAUAUGGCGGAUCCACUUCUCAAUAAACAUUUUCCAGAAAAGGAUCUUAAUCAAGCGGUUGCAAUAGCAGCAAUGUGCUUACAGGAGGAACCAGAAGCCCGUCCUUUGAUCGGUGAUGUUGUAACCGCUCUGAGUUUUCUAUCGACGACUCCAACGGAACCUAUUCCGCCACCCUCACUUCCCACUGCCACCUCGGUCUCUAGGCAUAGUACUGCUACUGAAAGCGAAUAUGAAAGUGAAAGUGAGAGUGAAUCAGAAGGAGAAACUUCAGAUGAUGAAGGCACUGACCAUGAAGAAGACAAUAAAACUGCACAAAAUCAUGUAGCAGCCAGUGAAAAACCUCAGAAAAGGGCAACUUCGAAGAAAUCAAGCCGAAAAAGCAGCACAAAAUCAAGGAAUGAAACUACUAGUAAAGAUUCAGCAGAGGGAGGUGCUUCUUCCAGUGGCAAAACCAGUAUAAAAUGGCAAAGCUUUGUUGGUAAUUUAAGCCAAAAGUCAAACAGCUCAAAAAAAUCUUCUACCAGAGAAAAAAGCCAGAAGAGCAGCAAAAAAAUUUCAAUCAAAGAACUAAGCCAAAAAUGCAGUAGAAAAUCUUCCACCAAAGAUUUAAGCCAUAAGAGUAGCAGAAAAUCAUCUGCUAAAGUUUCGAGUCGCAUGCAAUCGGAAGAUGGAAGCAUGAAUUCGUCUCACAGAAGUGGCUCAAGCCAAUAUACAAGCAGCAGUAUGUCUAGCAGCAGCAGAGGAAGUGGCAGUGCUCACUCGGAUGUUAAAGGUAGCAGAAGGACAGGAGAGAGCAUGCGUUUAGCCAUGGAAUCUGGCGAUGAGGGAAGCAAUCCUCCUUUUGAUCGUAUAAGUAGCAGUGACUCAGAUCGGCGAUGA